AUGGCUUUACCAAACUCCUCGGGCUCCUCUGGAGCUGACAAGCCCAACCCCAGUCUCAUAGAUCUGGGAACAUUCUUCGUGGACUCUGAUAUCAUAUUUGGAUUUACCAGUCAUCUUCUGAGGAGAAAAGCAAAGGAUCCUGGCUACGCAGCCUUCCUAUUCGACCAGCUCCAAGUGCCUGGGAGCCAUGAGGGCUGCUGUCAGGUGUGUUCUACGCCUCUCCACCAGCUGAGGCAGGAGGCCCUGCAGACAGUAGGCGCCCCGCCCGCGGCCCUGACCCUGAGCCACGCCAUGCCUGCUCUGCCCUCCACCACCCUCUCUGGGCAACCUCAUAAACUGACACUCUCCUCCUCCAGUGCCCAUGUGAGGCAGCCUUCCAAAGCCCACGCCCAAGCCCACACCAUCCUGCCCCUGAGGGAGAGUUGGCACAGGGGGCAGGGCUGUCCGCAGGGCUCCUCUGUCUCUGCUGGGCCCAAGACCAGUGUCCAGGUGACGAUGGGGGGAGGGCAGCUGACAGGAACCCUGGGAUCGGUCACUAUCCAGGCCCAGCAGUACCUUGAGGGCAUGUGGAGCAUCUCCAGAGUCAACAACUUCCUCCCUCAGCCCAGCCCAGCACAGGGUCUGAUGGGGGACGUAGAGAGGGACGUCCCUGCCCCUGCUUCGGAGGCCCCUGUCCCCAGCUCUAACUGUAGUCUGACCCCCAGCCGACAGAGGAGCGCCGUCCAGCUGGGACAGUGUGACGUCACCCCCCCUGCCCCUGGCCACACCUCCACACCCACCUCCACUCAGAGUGCAUCUGCUGCAGCCUCCUUCUUCAUCAGGGCAGCUCAGAAGCUGAACCUCUCGUCCAAGCGGAAGAAGCACCAGCCUCCCUCCCUGCUGCACCCUGGAGCCCAGGAGCCCUCCAUCUACCCCACCAACUUCAGCGGCAUCCUGCAGCUCUCGCCACCCCCCGCCCCGCCAUGCCUGCUCCGCGCUGUCUCAAAGGUCAAGGAGAACCCUGGGAUGGGAAAGGUAAAAGUGAUGAUGCGUAUCUGCCCCUCCCUGGAGGCUCCUGAUUCGUCAGAGUCCAUGUCCUUCCUGAAGGUGGACCCCAGGAAGAAGCAGCUGACCCUUUACGACCCCUCGGUCAACGACCACGCCAACUCAGGGCACAGGAGAGCCACCGUGGCCGUCCCAAAGAUCUUCGUCUUCGACGCAGUGUUUACCCAGGAUGCCUCUCAAGCAGAGGUGUGCUCAGGGACAGUGUCUGAGGUCAUCCAGUCUGUGGUGAACGGUGCGGACGGUUGCAUCUUCUGCUUCGGGCAUGUCAAGCUUGGCAAAACCUUCACCAUGAUUGGCAAAGACGGCUCCACCCAGAACCUCGGCAUCGUGCCCUGCGCCAUCUCCUGGCUCUUCAAUCUCAUUAACGAGCGUAAGGAGAAGACGGGCACGCGCUUCUCUGUCCGUGUGUCUGCCGUGGAGAUCUGUGGGAAGGACGAGGCGCUGAAGGACCUCCUGUCUGAGGUGUCCACGGGAAGCCUUCAGGACGGACAGUCCCCAGGGGUCUACCUGCGUGAGGACCCUAUCUGUGGCACUCAGCUCCAGAACCAGAGUGAGCUCCGCGCCCCCACGGCAGAGAAGGCAGCCUUCUUCCUAGACGCGGCCAUUGCAGCACGCAGCACCAGCAGGCCCGACUCAGAUGAGGAGGAGAGACGCAACUCUCACAUGCUGUUCACACUGCAUAUCUACCAGUACCGCAUGGAGAAGAGCGGCAAGGGAGGCAUGUCGGGCGGACGGAGCAGGCUGCACCUCAUAGACUUGGGGAGCUGUGAGAAGGUCCUCAGUAAGAGCCGAGACGGAGGGGGAGGCCUGUGUCUGUCUCUCACUGCACUGGGAAACGUUAUCAUGGCUUUAGCCAAUGGAGCCAAGCACGUACCUUACAGGGACAGCAAACUGACGAUGCUGCUGAGAGAGUCGCUGGGGAACAUUAACUGCAGAACUACAAUGAUCGCCCACAUCUCUGACUCCCCUGCCAACUACACUGACUCCCUCACCACCAUCCAGCUGGCCUCACGCAUCCACCGCAUGAGGAAGAAGAAGUCCAAGUAUGCAUCCAGUUCCUCUGGAGGGGAGAGCUCCUGUGAGGAGGGGAGGAUCCGUCGGCCACCUCACCUCAGACCCUUCCACCCCCGGACGGUGGCCCUGGACCCAGACCUGCCCUCCCUGCUCAGCGACCCAGACUACUCCUCCAGCAGCGAACAGUCCUGUGACACCGUCAUCUAUGUGGGGCCGGGGGGCGCCGUCAUCUCAGACCGGGAGCUAAGUGACAACGAGGGCCCCCCCACCUUCGUUCCCAUCAUCCCCUCCCUGAACAGGAAGCGGUCUGGGAAGGAGGGCCCCCUGGACAGGGAUCACUUCUUCAAGUGCAACACGUUUGCUGAGCUGCAGGAGCGCCUGGAGUGUAUCGACGGCAGCGAGGAGCCUACAGCGUUUGUUGGAGAGGCCAGGGGAAGUCAGGCCAGCCCCAAGGUGGACAGCAAAGCAAAGGAAUGCCCUGGCUCUGUUUCCCCAAAGACUGUAACUAAAGUCUCCUCCUCCCAGGAGAACAUAUCACCUAAACUUGCUCCUAAAUCUGUAGCCAUUCCUCCAUCCAGUAGCCCCCAUAUCAGCCCUUCUAAGUCUAAACUGGAACAUUCCAGAGGGGUGUCACAGAGCAUAUGUAGAACAAGUGCUGAUGGUGAGAAGGUGAUGUCAGAGAGCAGAGCAAGCCCAUUCAUACAGGGUGUGGCCACGGUGCCAGCCUCUGAGCCAGUAGUACGGGAGAAGGUUUACUUCAACAAGAAGCCCUUACCCAAGCCUGCUCCCCCUCCCCCACAGCAGAGAGACUCAAGCAGGGGCAACGGAGAGGCAGAGGAGAGGUCCCCCACCAGAAUGCCCCCUGUGGGAAUGAGCCAUCAGGUUGGAAAACAGGGGGAGUCUGGGGACCCCUUCCUUGAUAGGACCCAGACCAGGGGACCUGUAGAGGUGUGCCAGCUACGCUCCACCCUGAGAGAGAGGUACAUGGACAGGGACAACCUCCGGGCUACGGUCACCCUGCAGCAGCCUGUGGAGUUGAACGGAGAGGAUGAGCUGGUGUUCACUGUGGUGGAGGAGGUUUCCAUCGGCAGCAUCAUAGACAGCGGGCGGCCCUCCAGCAUCAUCAGCUUCAACAGCGACUGCUCCCUGCAGGCCCUUGCCUCCGGCUCCCGGCCCGUCAGCAUCAUCAGCAGCAUCAACGAUGAGUUUGACGCCUACACAUCUGCUGUGAGGGGUGCAGAGGUCAACAUCGAGGUGCUCACCCCCUUACAGGAUGACUCAUUUGUGUGUGUGGGCAGCAGGGGCUCGUCCAUCAGCUCCUGGCUCAGCGAGGUCAGCGUCUGUACUCUGGAGAGUGAAAGGGUACACUCUGCAGACGUUUUCCUCCCACAGACUAAGCACAUCGGCCCAGACGGCACCUUCUACCUGGAUUCCAUGGGUAUGUUCCACUGUGAAUCAUCCCGAAGGGAUGCCAAGAACUCCCUGAACGACAGUGGCUUUAGCUUUUCUGAACUGGACAGUGACAGCACAGCACCUAGCAAACUGUCCCUGACAAAGUGCCCUCUGUCUCCCGAGUCAACCAAAGGAUCCCUCAGAUUCCCAUCCAAAUCAGCUAAAGUUAACUCUCUCAGCUCCUCCUCACAACCCUCCCAGGGCCCUUACAUAGUCCACUCCAGUCUUCCCAGGAAACUUCCAGACUCCAGCGCCCCCAGCAAGCUCCCCAGAACCCCAGUAAGUGGCAUUCCCUGCCGCAAAGCUGGUGUUGUCAACAGCAAUGGUGUAUCUCGCCCACCCAAGGUGCAGGGUUCUACCUCAGCUCAGAGGGUGGUGGACGGCUGUGAGAAGUCCACCAGUAAGAAAGCGGAGCCCCCCAGCAAGAUGCCUCAGCUCAGACGAGGGGCCACCACCCUGGGCACUGUGCCUGUCAUCCACGUCUCCCCAGAGACCAAGGCCACAACCCAGAACAUCACCACUACAACCAACAUUCUCAAGUUCUCCUCUCUGGGGAAGAAUGGAAAGGCAAAUGGGCAGCAAGCCAGCAUGCUCCCCAAACCUGGUGGUACCUCACCUCCUCCACCUCCAGUGCGUAAGUCCAGUCUGGAUCAGAAGAACAGGCCUCUGCUGCCCCAAAGUGCCUUAAAGUCUGUGUACGGUGAAGCAGGGAGGCCCAAACUUACCAGGGGGGCGGUGUCAGAGGAUGAGCUAGAGAUCCACUGCAGAGUAGACUCCAACAGCCUCAAAACCUCCAGCCUCAGAGGUGACUACACCCCGGCCAAAGCCACAUCCAGUCUGAGGGCCAGAGGAGAUGCUAGUCGGCAGCAUUACGGCAGUCAGAUGCCUCUGGAAAGGAGUGACAGCAUGUCCAUGGUGGGCUCCAAGCCCACUCUCAGUCGAGAAAACAGUGGAGCCAGCCUGGGCUGCAGCAAGUCCAGCAGAUCCAUUCCCAGAUUCGGUGUACCAAACUCAACCAGCUCUCCCAUUGCUACAUUCCCAACUUCCCCCUGUUGUGCUACAGGUGCUCUAGGUAAACCUGGGCAGGUCAAAGGUAGUGUUAACCCCAGGGCACUAGGAGCGGUCAAUGGAAGUAAGGACCGUUCGUUGUCAGCGAGCAACUCUAAGGGCCUGAGCUCCUCCACAAAGUCCCUGGCAGCUCCAGCAACCAGGAACCCCAAUGCCAACCUUCCCCCGACUGGCAAGACCUCCGCCCCGCGAGCCACGGCAGCCGUCAGCAGCAAGCCUGGCCGGGGGACCAUCAUGGGCACCAAGCAUGCUAUGCGGGCAGCCAACAGCCGGGUCAGUGAGCUGGCAUUAGGCAGCACAUCAGGCAAACACCUGAGGGGCUCAGGGGACUCUGACAGUGGUAAUGACAGUGGGGUGAACCUGAGUGAUGACAAGUCCCCCGUGGCCAUGCUGCCCUCCCCCUACAGUAAGAUCACAGCCCCCAGAAGGCCGCAGCGCUACAGCAGUGGCCAUGGCAGUGACAAUAGCAGUGUUCUGAGUGGAGAGCUGCCCCCAGCUAUGGGCCGCACAGCCCUCUUCUACCACAGCGGGGGCAGCAGUGGUUAUGAGAGCAUGAUCCGGGACAGCGAGGCCACAGGCAGCGCCUCCUCUGCACACGACUCAAUGAGUGAGAGUGGAAUGUCCUCCUCAGGCCGCCCCAGGACAUCCAAAUCCCCCAAGAAACGCAAUGGGCUACAGCGGAGGCGGCUCAUCCCGGCCCCCCUGCCAGACACCUCGUCACUGGGGAAGGCUGGCACAGCUGGCCAGUGGGUGGACCUGCCGCCCAUGUUAGGACCACUGAAGGAACCCUUCGAGAUCAAGGUGUACGAGAUCGACGAUGUGGAACGGCUCCAGAGGCGACGACAGGAGGACUUGGUUGAGGGCCUGCUGUACUUCAACAGUAAGCUGAAGGUUCUGGAGCGGCGGCAGCAGCAGAUCAGGGAGCUGAAGGUCAAACAUGAGGCACUUAAGGAAGAGCUAGAGGACACCAAGACCCGGCUGAUGAUGGACCCUUGCAAGUGGAUAGGAGAGUUUGAGGUGGACCAGGAUUUGGACAAGGAGUCCCAGGAGUACCUGCAGGCCCUGGGUCAGGUCACAGAGGAGCUGGAGUUCUGUGUCAACCUAUGCAAGUCACGUGUCAUGAUGGUGACCUGCUUCGACAUCAGUGUGGCAUCACCGCCCAACACUCAAGAGGGACUGCGAGAAGUGGAAGUCUGACAAUGAGCAAAAGAAGAGAUGGAGAAUCAAGGAAGUGAGAAAGGAAGAAUUAUGAAAUGUAGCAGUCAGUUCAUAGUUAUUGCUGGAAUGAAGUGACAAGAAAAACAAAAAAGAUAAAAGAUGAGACAAACGAGCUGGGUGUCUUUGCAUGGAGACAGGAGAUCUGAACCGACUUAUCUGCAGUGCCUCGUUCUGGACAUGUUCAUGUUGGAAUGGGAGAUAAGUGUGUGCACAGACACACCAGUUUCUGUGUUCCAGCAUGAUGAGAGAGAGGCCAUCAUUUACCCACGAGUCAUUCAACGAGACCCGGAAGUGCCUUUUUCACUCGACUUAUUUUGAGUCAUUAUUUUUUGUAUGGUGCUAGUAUCAUAACCAGCAUACCUAAACAAACCCUGAACAUAUUCCUUUUAAGAAAUAAUUAUUUUAUAUUGCAUUGUAUAGUGUAUUUAUAUGAUUAUGCUGUGUGUAAAAUAUAAUUUCUAGGUAAAAAAAAGAAAAAAAGAAGAGCAAUAAGCUAAUGUUAUUGCGUUCCCAAACUUUGCCUUUUCUCAUGUUUCAAACCAACCUCAGUCAGCAUUUUGCCCAUGUUAAUCCAGCCUCUUGCGCCUUAUGUUAUCUUUCUGGUUCAGUAGUCUACCUUUUAAAACAGGUCUGUGUUAUCUUGUCAAAGACUCAAUUUACUGUUAUCACUCAGCCACUGCCAGCUGAAAGCUAGCAGGGUUGAAUAAAUGUUUCUUCCCUCCAGUUGCCUUGAUCACAAGGGGUCCCAGUGGAGGUGCUGAGAUGGGUGAUGGUGGAGGUGUAGAGAAGGGGAGAGGAAAGUAUGUGGUAUGUGGGGCGGAGCUGUGUUUGCCCUUGUUUAUUUAAUUGGAGAUGUGGCAACGGCAGAACACAUCAAUCAGAAGGGUCACCAUACAGGGCCUGCUCCCAACAGGCUGUGUGUACGCCAUGAUUCAUGGUUGUGACAGUUGGCUCUCUCCAGUGCUCUGUGCUAGGGGUGUCCAGAGUCAACCUGACAGACCUCUGUCACCCUCCCUGUACCCCCAGAGCGAUGGGGAAGCAUGCUGAGUAUUAUUCCCAGGCACAGAGGUGCUCGUCAGUGCUCCUAUUUUAUCCCUAGACGGGCCUCUACUGGGUUCUACUGACACAAACAAAAGGGCAUAGAUGAGAUGCCACAAGCAAGCGUCAUUCUAUGGCUAUUUUGUGGUGUGCUCUUUUAAGUGGUGCCAAGCCUUGGUUCUAUGCAUUCCAACAUUCUCACUUCCACUAUAAGAAUACCCUCCAUAAAGCACUAAGAUCAACAGCACAGACCGUUUGCAAUGACUCAGAACCCUCUCUGAGUUAUGCUUCAAAGCUACACAUAUUACACAUAUAGCACUUCUCUCCAACCUUCUACUUUCUUUACUAAUUUAACCGGAUGUCUCAAUCAAAGACUAGGACAGGCUCCAAGAGGACAGUGUCCUAAAUAAAGGCCGUGAGAAACCACAGUUUCCUGUGUUUACAUGCAGUGAAGAAAUUGCCGCCUUCAGAUUUAGACGUUGUUUGGCAAAUACAAUCAAUCAACUAGCUGUAUGUAGCUGCCAGAGUGUUUGUGUUUUAAUCACUUCUCUGAAAAUGGUGUGGACAAAGAAGAUGAACUGGUUUUGGUUAUCUAGAGUAAGAAACUGGAUUUGGUUAUCUAGAGUAAGAAACUGGAUUUGGUUGUAUUUUGAUGUGUUUGAUUUAUAUAACUAAAAUAUUCAUUUGUUUUCUUUCCUCUUACAAAGAUAUACCCUCAGGCCCUUUCUGAAGAUGCUGCAUGAGAUUUUUUAUUAAUUUGUAAGAAUGAUUUCUAUUCCAUUUUUACCAUUUUGAUUUUAAUAAUAUCUUUGGCUCUCGAUCAUGCUGGGUUAGUUUCAUGACUAUUAGCAAACUAAAACAUUUUUUCAAGAAAGUUGAUGUAUGUCAUAUUUCAUAUCAAAACCCAUAUUUUCUAAUGUCUUUGGUUUUGUAUAGGAUUUUCUGACCCUGUGUACAAAUGUAUGAUAUGGCAGCUCGUGUUGAGUUUUAUCUGUGAAUAAAAUGUUUCUUCUUAUA